UUUGAUUGUGAUCUUCAGAAUUGUCAAUUUCUGUUCCUGAUGUUUAGCAUUCCCAAUAAAAACUGUAGCUAACCAUCUACAGUUGUGUGUUUUUUUUUUAAAUUUUGGACUGAAGUCUGACACUUGCCUGUUGUUAAAUAGCUUUAUAAUUAAAAAAAAUAUUUCCCCCUAAGAAUAUUCUUAAAUAUUCUGCUUAUCUUCCAAAAUAUUCUUAUCUUCCAAAAUAUUCUUUCUUCCCCCCAAAAAUAAUAUUCUUAAAUAUUAAGAAUUGCGGGAGAGUGGAGAGAAUAACCAAAGUACCCAACCCCAGAUUGGUGAAAAUCUUCCUUGAGAAGGUGACGACACCCUUCCCCACUCUUGCCCCGCCCCGCCCCGCCGUUACCCUUCCCAACGUUCUAGUCCUGCCCACUCGGCGAGUCACGUGGGACGGCGAACAGCCCAAUCAGCGCCCGCUGAUGGUUUAUGAAUUGUCCACAAAACCUUGAGCCGGAUGGCUUUAGCGGUGGAGGCAGAGAGAGGGUCGCCUGGGAACCAGGUGGGCAAUAGCUGGAGGCGUGCAGUGCAGUGACGGGAGGUGUUCGGAUGCCUCUGGCUGAGUUUCCGGCGGUGGAGAAUUGCUCCUGGUUUGCAAACGUGUUAAGCAAUCCCUGCUCCUCCAUUUUGGAUCCCAUCAGCUGCCUGAAGGUCUCCUACUCUUGAGUUUUAAAUGGUCCUGGCUGAGAAGGAAAACAUGCCGGGCGCUUUGCCCCUUCAAGGAAAAAAUGUGGAGCUGCAGCAGAAAGAGCACCUGUUGAACGUCAGCAGCAGCAAGAUCCCGGUUCUGUGCAGAAGCCGACUUUCACCGGGACAGAAGCAAGCGCAGCAGGUGUGCUCCAACACUGUGAAGAGCAAAGAGCUCAAGAUGUCCAAGGUUUCUUCUUUGAGCGUUCCAGUUCUGACAACAGCAGCUGGGUUGUUCUCCAAGAGCAGUUCCAGAGAGCCUCUAGUGGAGAUGCAGCUGAGUACAUCUGGCCACAGAAAUGAGUUGGAAGAUGGAAAUGCAAACAGCAAAGAAGCCAGAGCGGUGGAGUUCGUGCCUGAUCCAGAAGCCCUUGUCAGCAUCCUAUCCAACACAGGGCUGUCCAAUCGUGUGAUGAGCACAACCCACAAGCCCAGCUUGGCUCGGCGGGUGCUGUUGAGGGGGAACAGAGCGUCCUCAGCCAACAGUGGGACUGGCCAAGUCUCCCUGUAUGUAGGAGCUACUGCAGCAGAUCCCAGCCGCACGCCCCAUCUCUCUGGAUUGGCAUCAAAAGUGGGUCGCUCACUAUCCUGUGGUCUCUCCCUGAACGCCCAGCAACUGAGGACGCUGUCCAUGGCCCUUGGGAACCUUGCGCCUGGGGUGGAGGCCACGCCCAACCAGCCAAUGGAGAACCUGCAAGCAGGUAAAUGUAAAGGUUCAGCAGCCGGGCCCAAGACAGCAUGUCCAAGCAGCAUCGCUGACGCUGGUGAAGUGAAGCAAAGCAACUCGGCUGGCAGUAAGGAAGCCACGGGAACUUCAUGGGCAGGUGAAGAGUUUGUACCAGAUCCAGCUGCCAAGGCCAGCAUCUUGUUGAACGUCGGACUGAGCCAUUCAGCCCUCGGUACUGGCAGCAAGCUGAGUCUGGCCAGGCGGGUGCCACUGAAGGACGUCCGAAAAGCGUGUCCCACUUCUGGCAGCCUCAGGGGUGAAGAUGCAUCUUUCCCAGGGUCCCGGGUGAGUUCUCCCCCAACAGCCAAGUUUGGCCGUGUGUCCUGCCGUUCCACGCAUGGGGGGGCCCUUCAAAGGUCUUUGAGGGAGUCGGGGCUUUGGGAGACCCAGCUGCCUGUUACAAGCAUCUGGCAACAGGUGUUCUGUGAGUGGGAUGUUAGCCCGCUGAGUGGCUCAGCCAGGAGAGUUCCUGCACACCCAAUCCACCGGGUCCUUUGGUUUGUGCUUGGGAAGGAGAGAGGAGGGAGCUCCAGCCUGAAAGGCACUAUCGGCCAAGCUCAAAUUAAGGAUUUGCCAGAAGCGACUAAGUGGAUGGGUGAGCCACCUACAGACAUUGUCAGCUCCAAAAAAGAAGUGCACUGGGAGAAGAUUGCCGUGCGUCUCUUUAAUGAUGGCCUGCAGGCAUCAGCAAAGAAAGCGUCUGCUCUUCGUGUCAUCCCGUCUGACAUGGGGAAACUCCAGCGGGUUGAGUUCUUUGCUCAACUCCUGCAGCAAGAAAUCAGUGGCGGCGUUGAUGAGGUUGCCCCCUCGCUGGAAGAGCUACACCAACUGUUGUCAGUUCACUGCACGCCUCCUUUUGGGACCCCCAAGCCUGACCUGGUCACCGCCUCCGCCGAAUACUAUAUGGCAAAGCUUGGGGAGCAGGUAGCUGUCUCUGCCACUGCUGUCGUACCUGUGCCUGAUACAACACUCGCUAUAUGCAACUCACAGCCUGCCUGUUCUGCCCCCUCUAUGUGCUCCCUUGGGCCUUCUCCAUUCUGUGCAAGUAGUACAGGCGUUCGGGCGCCCUCUUCCUCUGUGGCCCGUUUCAAGCAACGCCUGGAGGAUCGGCUGGAAGCAGCCCGGCGUUUCCACGAGGACUGCCUGAAUGACGAAUGUGCCUUCUACAUGUCCCACGUCACCCCCUUUGCCCAGCCUGCGGUGCAACGGUGCAAAGAGCCUGUGGCGAAAAUGCUGGAUGCUCAAGAUACGAUGCACUUUAUCCCCAUCUCUGGGCCUCAGUCUCCCCUCCUGGAAGCAGAGAGGUCUUCCCCAACAUGAUGGUCGAGCCUUUGACCAGCGGCUGCAGCCUGGUGCACUGAAGCUCAUCCGUGAAUCUUAUCCAACUCAGCAGGUUGAAAGUUCCCGCUGUAGUCCUGCUGCCCUUGGAAACUUUGCCUUCCCACAUCCAACAAAUCUCCCUGGGACGCAAAAUCUCCAUGACUUUUGAUUUCUUUUUUUGGGUGGGGAGAGCUGAAAUGUCUUCUUGGUCUGUCAGCAGUCAGUGCCUUAUAGGAAGGACAAGGGCUGGUUAUGGCAGAGACAGAGUGCCCUUGGGCGACAGAGGCAAUACGCUGUGUUUUACUGCAAUAUUGUACAGAUUUUUUUUUCCAAUAGAGACAAAUAAAAAUUUGACUGUUACUUCUCCAAAAAAA